AUGGCUCUAGAAGGGUUGCAGAUGAGAGUGAGUGACAAACUGGACAUCUACAACUUUGGGAUCCUUGUGCUGAAAGUGGCUACCGGAUUACAAGCUUUCCAUACCUGUGUGUCUUGUGGGAUCCUGGUGGUAGCUGAGGUUGACAGACAUUAUGCAAGCACAAUUUCUCAAUCUCAAUGUGGAUACCUCGGAGGGGCAAGGUUGGCUUUUGAGGCAACGACAGGGCAGGACGUGGUUUCAUGGAAUGGAAUCAUCUCGGCGUAUGCAAACAACGGUCAUUUUGAUGAAACUUUUGAUCUCUUCUGGAGGAUGAAGCAUGAGGGGCUUGAUCCGGACGAAGUUACGAUUGUCAGUGUUCUCUGUGCAUGUAGCCACGCCGGGCUCUUUGAGAGUGCUCCAAACUUGGAGCAUUUCAUGUGUGUGAUCGAUUUGCUUGGGCGAACUGGCCGGCUUGAUGAGGUCCAAGAGGUGAUCGAUAGCAUGUCAAUCGAGCCGGGCUCCAUUGCCUACAUGACGCUGCUUGGGGCUUGUAAAACUCAUGGCAAUAAUCGGCUUGGAAACAUGGCUGGUCCAAGCGCCAUCGCAAGAGCUUCUGGAGCAUCAACUUAUGUCUUCUGUCUCAUAUUUGUGUAG